AGGUGGAAGAGAGGUAAUGCGCAUGCGCGGCGCUUGGUGGAUCGCUGCUGCUGCUGCUGCGCAAUGGCCGCCUCCUCUUCUCCAGCGUCGCUGCUACCCGUCACUCACCUCAUCUUCGACAUGGACGGCCUGCUCCUGGAUACUGAACGUCUUUAUACUGUUGUUUACCAAGAAAUCUGUCAAAGGUAUGGAAAAACCUAUACCUGGAAUGUGAAAUCCUUAGCAAUGGGCAAAAAAGCAUUGGAGGGAGCAGAGAUCAUUCGGGCUGCCCUGGACCUUCCAAUAACCAAAGAAGAGCUACUGCAUGAAAGUCAAAUUAAACAGAAGGAAUUGUUUCCCACAGCAUCACUGAUGCCAGGAGUUGAAAAACUAAUCCGCCAUCUACAUCAACACAACAUACCCAUAGCUGUUGCCACCAGCUCAGCUCGAGUGACAUUUGAAAUGAAAACAAGUCAACACAAAGACUUCUUUAAUUUAUUUCAUCAUAUUGUGUUGGGAGAUGACCCUGAAGUGAAGGGUGGCAAGCCACAGCCUGAUGUGUUUAUGGUUUGUGCAAAGAGAUUUAAUCCGCCACCACCUCCAGAAAAGUGUCUUGUAUUUGAAGAUGCUCCCAAUGGGGUGAAGGCUUCACUGACAGCUGGGAUGCAAGUGGUCAUGAUUCCAGAUGAAAACCUGGACAAGGAACUUACAAAAGAAGCCACUCUAGUGCUCCAGUCUAUGAAUGAUUUCAAGCCAGAACUGUUCGGUUUACCACCAUUUGACUGAGAACUAUCUUUUAAUGAUUAUUUUAAUUCAACUGUCCUAAACAGAGGGAAUGAUAGAUUUUAGUUGACUGUUUUAAUCAUGUGUUUUGAUUUUAUAACAGUAAUUUACUUGCUAAUUCAUUAAUUCAAAUGUAGAAAUGUGUAGUACCUUUCUUCUUCGGAAACAAACCAAGACACUUCCAGAAAAUUUACCCCAUCACUACCAGCUGCUACAGAAGGGAAGGUAGUGAAACUUGUUAUCCAAGUAAAGUUCCUUCAUGUGUCUAAAUGCACUCCCAAUGGAAUCUGUUGUUUUAGCUCUGUCUGGCAUUUCACAUUUCUCCUAUUUUUAGUCUUCAUUUUUUUCAGAAGAGGAUAUACAUAAUUCUUUUGCAAAAAUGUUAUCUACCUUAGUGAAGUUCACCACAUAGAUUGGGAGGCUGCAGGCAGGCCCUGUUAAUUUCUGUUUUAAUGUUGGACUUUGAACUCCUUUAAAAGUAAUUGAUCUAGUAGCAUUAUGCAGACAGCUACAAGCUACUGUAUCCAGUCAAGCAUGCCUGUCUUUAUUGCAUUUUCUCAUGCACAAACUAACCAUGUUCUUUUGCCAUUACAUAACUUCUGAUAUUAUUUAUCUAGUGCCUUUACAUUUUUAUCUUUCCUUUGCUGCCAGUGGUAUAUCAAAAAUUUGUUGUUAGGGAACUCUUUGUUCUUCGAACUCCAGGAAGUGCAACAGUAAUUCUCCUUCUCACCUUCCAUCACCCAACUUUCUUGCUUGCUUAACACUGUCUGGUGAAAUAAUGCAUGUGUCCAUUGUUCAGAUUCAGUUUGCUGACAUUUCUGAAGUUUUCCUGUGAAUUGUGUGUUUUGAAUAUGUUCACAACAUGUUUAGCAAUGUCAUUACAAUGUUGCUUUUGGAAAAUAGAAUAAUGCCCAAAAUAAACUCAUGUCCAAAUUCUGCAUCGGGGGGUAAAGAACCCUAUAAUCUGAAUAAAUUUUCUAAUUGUA